UCACAACGGCAUGAAAUUGGAAGAUCUAAACAAUUUAAUUUAUUCAUUAUUUUCGGAUAAAUUAAUGAAUUCCGAAUAUGAAUUUGUAGUGCCUAUUAGUGGAAGAUUGACGAAAUUAAGUUUGCAGAGUGGAUCUCAAUUAAAUGGAGAAACUUUAAAACGAGUUUAUCAUCAGAAGGUUGUUUAUAUCAGACCCAUGGAAGAUCUGGCUGAUAACAAUAGUAAUUGUACACCUGAAAUGAACAACGUGGAUACUCCAACUCCUAUUGAUGAUAACGACGGGGUUUGCCUCACUGAUCAGUGGCACAGUUCACCAACUGGAUUUGAUGUACAGUCUGAUAAUUUAGUCAAUAGUGGUGAAGAAACAAACCUUUUGCAAGAGAUCUUAACAAACAUUAACAGUAAAAUUUCAUUGGAAAAAACCAAUCAAUUUAAUGUAUACCGGGCAGAUGUGUUUCAUUGCUGCAUACGUGCAAUUAGAAGAUCUUCAUUUGAUCCAUUUGCAAAAAUUGAUGUAAAAUUCAGUGACAUAGAUGGCCAAUCAGAAGGUGCUGUAGAUAUGGGAGGGCCUACAAGGGAGUUAUUUCGAUUAUUGAUGAAUUAUUUAAAAAAUUCAAAUUUGUUUAUGGGUCCAGACAAAAAGUAUAUUUCACUGGAUGCUUUAGCACUUGACAAAAGAUAUUAUUAUGAUGCUGGGCGCAUGGUAGCCUUGAGCAUUGUGCACGCAGGUCUUGGACCUCAUUUUUUUUCAAAUAGUCUCUUUGUUGCGGUAACCAAAGGCGUCGAAUUUGUCAAACCAUUAAAGGAGUUUGUGGAAUGUGAUAUUUUGGAAAAAAUUAAUAAAUUAUCACAUAUUAAUGAUGAAACAGAAAUGCGUGAAUAUCUGCUUAACGAAAGCGUAUUUUCAAUUGCCGGUAUUAAUAUAGUAAACCAGUUGAUCGCCAGGAAGGAUGAAAUAAUUGACGCAACAGUCAAGUUCUACCACAUAUAUAGAACAAAACCUGCCUUGGACCAAUUAAUCGAUGGACUAAAAACUUGCAAUGUCUUAGAAUUUCUUCAAAACCAUCCGAUUUUAUUUGAAGAUAUUGUAUGUGACAAUAAAUCUAAAUUAAAUAACACAAUAAUAGAAGAACUACCAACCGUAAUGCUAAGUGAAGUAGGAAGUAAUAAGAGACAAACACAAAACAGAAUUCUAGCCUUUUGGAGAGAUUACUUAUUGGACUGUGAAGAAGAAAAUUCAAAUUGCAGUCUGGAAGAAUUGUUGGUGUUUGUAACGGGAGCUGACACUGUUCCAGCUUUGGGCUUUGGAACGAAAAUUUACAUUCGUUUUCAACAUGAUGAUAAAAUGAUGUAUCCAAAAGCUAACACAUGCGGACUGGAAUUAUAUUUACCAACAUGUCAUACAAAUUUUGAUGAUUUUAAAUAUCAUAUGGAUUUUGGGAUUGGAAAUUCAAAAGACUUUGGAAUUGCUUAAUUAAAAUUUAAUUCAAAAAGAAAAUGUGAUUGCUGUCUUAGAAUUAAUGAAAAAAAUCCCUAUCUAUGAUAUGUUUUAUUUUGACAAACACUGUGUUAAUUAACACAGUAUGUUCAUAAACAUAUAAAUUGAAGGAUAUGUUUAUAGGGGUCAUUUGUAGUUAUUUUAACCUAAACAUGCCUAUAUGAAUGUGACGAGUUAGUGAAGUAGUCACAAUUGACCUUUAUUAGCGUCUUAAGUACUAUGCCCAAUUUUGUUGUUUUGUAAAUAAAUUCGAAAAAUGUUUGGCUAAUACAACUGCAAAUGACCUCCAAUAUGUUUGUAUAUGAACCAGUCGCCCUGUAUGUAUAUGAGUUUCAUUUGUGAAUUGGUACAUGACAAUUUAUUUUUAGUGCAAUAAAUAUGUACAAAACAAAAGAUUGCGUGUGAUCUGGUGCUAUUAAACCUACCGACAUGUAAUUGGAUACUACAUUGUUAUGACUGUUACUAAAUAGCAUUGGUUUAUAUGCUUGAAAUAAAAUUAGUUAUAACAUUUUAUUUGAUUUUAUUAUACAUUUUAUACUUAACAAAUUUAUU